AUGGAGCAACCGUCGCAGAAGAUCCGCAACAAGGGCGUCGCAGUCUCGGCUCUAAUUCGCGAUGAGCAGGAGCGCUAUUGGAUGCACGACCCCUAUCUCAAGGCUGCUCUGGAUGAUACGUACCAGUACAUCACGACGAAGGUCGACCCCGUCUUGACGAAGGUGCUCGAAGAGGUGCUGCUCUACCAGCCCGACCAGACAGCCGACUUUCUCGCGAAUGCAGUGCGCGGCACUCUCAACCUCAAGAAGUACAACUACGUGGAGUUGAAGCGUCAGACCUACUUCGACCGCAAGGUCCGUCACCUCAUGGUGCUGGCAACCAACACAGCCAUCCGCGAGCGCCCUGCUGAUGUGCAAGAGUUUCUAGCGGAGCUCUUUGAAGCUCGAUCUAAGUUUUAUUGA